CCAACCGAGGACUCGGACAAAGCAGGUUACGCCAUAUUUUUAGUAGGGUAGCGUUAAAUUUUCUCCUCCCUCCUCCCCAAAAAUGGCAAAAUAGCUGGUGGAACGCCCAGCGGAGCUAUGGAGGGCGCUUCUGGGGAUGAUUACCCUGGUACGCAGGGCUCUAAUGUGUGUCUGCGAAGGCGAACGAGCUCCAGCGACAGAGACGACCGUGUGCGGGCGGUGACAGCCGCUCUGCAGUCCAGGUUCGGGCCCUACGAGCCGGUCCUGACCUACCUCCAGUCCGUCCUGGUGUGGGAAAGACCCGUUCAUUGUGUGCUGCUCUACGCUGUGGUCAACGUUGUUUUCUGGUUCUUUGCCCUGACCUCAUUGCGACUACUGUUCCUGUUGGCUUCUGGACUGGCUGUGGUCGUCUUUCUCGAUGCCUGGAAAAAUAAGAUAUGGCCAGAAAUUAGAGUCAGAACCUCGGAAGAAUCAGAAAGUGAGAGCUGGGGUCUGGUGCAGCCUGGUGUCCUUAGCGUGCCUGAACUGUGUCACCACAUUGCUGAGGCCUGGGUCAGCGGGGUUGUUCUCACAUCUAGUGCGCUGCAGUAUAAACGACUCAAUCCUGGAAAGUUUUGCAUCCUGACAUGUGCAGUCUUCACAUGUUUGGCUAUGGUGGGACGCUGUAUUCCUGGACUGGUGCUCUCCUACUGUGCUGUGUUGGUGGUUCUCCUCACUCCACUGGCAGCCUAUCACCGCAUUUUUCAGCAUGUGAGCCCAAAGUUAGAGCCAGUUCUGCAGCGGCUGGACUUCAGUGUUCGGGGCUACAUGAUGUCGAAACCAAUGGAUAAUCAGUUCCUACGAGGGCCGAUUUAUGGUGCAGCCUCCAAUGAAGCCAGCGAUAGUGAGGAGGAGUUGGCUGCAUUCUGCCCAUCAUUUGAUGAUGCAGCUGUUGCAAAGGAACUGGCGCUAACCGACUCUGAGCACUCUGAUGCUGAGGUGUCCUAUACAGAUAAUGGCACCUUUAACCUGUCGCGUGGUCAGACCCCGCUCACAGAGGGUUCAGAAGAUUUUGACAGACACAGUGACGCAGAGGAGUCCUUUGCCCAAGACCUCCCAGACUUUCCCUCCAUAAACCCCGACGCCACACUGAUGGAUGAUGAUGACGACACGAGCAUCGGUUUGCCUAGUCUGGGUCUGUCUGGGCUGUCGAGUCACCGAGCCUCAGUGCUGGAUGUGGAGGCUCAUCUGGACUCAGACCAGGAAGAUCUGGAUGCAGAGCUUUCUCUUGGUGGCCUGCCUCCUGCCUCCGGUUUUACAGGGGACAUUGCCGGCUUCAUCGCCAGCAACAUGAUCCAGAUGGCGCUGGCUGGAGCCCUGCAGCCUCGGCUCCCCGCUGCCCCGCGCAGAGAGGGUUCUCCCAGGGCCGCAGCCCACAGAAGCUACCGCACACAGUCCAGCUCAGAGCUGGACACGGACUUGGAUGGGGAUGACUUUGAAAUGCUGGAUCAAUCUGAACUAAACCAGAUGGAUCCUGUUGGAGGGGGAGGGGUUGCUAGACAGGGGGGAAGCCAAGGGUCUAACUUUUUGUCCAACCUGCUGGGGAAGCCACAGUAAGCUGUGUGUGUGUGUGUGUGUGUGUGUGUGUGUGUGUGUGUGUGUGUGUGUGUGUGUGUGUGUGUGUGUGUGUGUGUGUGUGUGUGUGUGUGUGUGUGUGUGUGUGUGUGUGUGUGUCUGUGAAUGUGAGUUUUCUUAAGAGAUACUUUUAGGUUCCAGCAGCCCUGCUUCUGAUCAGCAUCAGUUAAUCACUGUGAAGUUUUCUUUCCCACUUUGCUUUUCACUCUCCUCCUCUCUCUUUUAAACUUUGAUCAUCCAGGAAAUGUUACUUUGUAGGCUGAGCAAUAGGACAUGUGACAGCAACAAGAAAAAUACUGAAAUAUUUUACCAGCAGCAUUGUUGUGGUCACAUAAUUUAAAGUCACCCUUAAAUCAGAAAGGUACUGUGAAGGUAACUUCACACCAGUGCAUGUAAAAUCCAUAGCUGGAGGUCAGGACAUACAGGGCUAUUUAACAUGGGACCAAAUACGACGUACCUGUUGGUCAAGCUGAGCCACAUCUCUUUACUAAUGUCCUUUUAUAACGGGGUUGCUGUGGUCUUAUUAAGACCUAUAGCUUCCCAGUUUGAUUUAAGUGGAUGAUCCAUCCAUACUUCAAGGGUGUUUGUAAACGCAUUGACAUCGAAUGCCUGGUUGACUUCUUCAUAUAGUUCUAUAGUUGAACAGUAUUUCGUGUCUGUGUUUUAGUGGUUGGAAGACUCGGCAGUCUGUCAUUCAUGUUUUUCAGGUUAAGAAAAACAGGUGGUCACGACCUGUGUGGAGGGUAACGUGGUUUAUUUGAUGCUGCAGAUUUACAGACUGAAGGGUGCGCUGUUUUGUUAGCAGUUUUGAGUCGUUGCUCCCAUCCUUUUGUGAAGAAGUUGGAUCCAUUUUAAAAAAACAUUUUAUUUCCUUUAGAUUUCAUCACGCUAUAGUCUUUGCACCCUACCUGCCUUGAUACAUUUUUGUGUUUGAUUUGAAGGUGUUUGCUUUCAUAAAUGUGUAGCCCAGGGCAAUAUAAGUAAGGUAUGGUUACCUUUUCCUGUUUUAAUAGUUGGGAGCUUUUGUUUUUUUUUUUGUUUUUUUUUUUUUUUAAGUUUUACCUUUAUUGGCCCUCACAGAUUUUCAAACUUUUUUUUUUUUAUUAUUGAAUGGCUGUUUUACUGUUUUAAGGGCAAAACGUGUUUACAUAAAAAAAAAAAUGGGUGCAACAAGUAAUGCGUAUCCAAGUAUUUAUAUACAAUGACUUGUUUCAUGCUGGCUAACUGGGGUUUAUUUAAGGUGGGGGGGGGGGGGCUGCUGUUAAAUCUGGAAAUAUGGAAAUGACAGUUUGUCAUUUAAAUUUAUUUAUUGAAAUUCAUAUAUUGAACAGAAAAUGCUGUUUUGUUAUCUUGAAAAACCUUCUCUGUCUUAUUCUGAUAAGAAUAUCUGACAGAUAGCUGUGGCUGGGAAGAAAAAAAAAGUUGAAUUCAGAUUUAAGACGGAAGUAAAUUUUGUGCACUGCUGGAAAACUGCUGAGAUUUUGAGGCUGAAGUAGAAGAGUGAUGUGUGCUUCUUGAUUCGGUUAUGACCAUAAGAAUUAACACGAAUGUUCAUUACUGUUCCAUGAAGUAAUUUCCUCAGAUCUGUAGUCAGUUUAACAAUUUCAUACGUGCAGUAGUUUAUUCUCUUCGCUGUAAAUGGUUUUGAUAUAUUUUCAAUGUAAAUCUUUAUUGAAUAAAACAUUUGCAGUUA